AUGACGUACGCUUCACGUCCGUUGUCCGAGUUUAAUAAAUUCGAGGCUUUGGACAUGGUGGAAAAUUUGAAUAAUGUCUCGCAAGAGCAGAAACAUGCGAAGCAUGCGUAUCACCGUAUGGUCUACCAAACGUUACUUGCCCAGAUGUCUGUCUCGACGGAGCAAUUUCGUAGUUUACUCUUGCGUUUGUUAGGUGAUAAAGAUCAUGAACGUAUCUUUGAUAUUGUCGCCAUAGUAGAAAAGCGAUUUCAGAGUCGUUCUCGCGAUAUUCCACAAGGAUCUAAUGUCAACACUUCAAAUCGCCUUUUUUCCAUAUCGUCGAAAUGUCGAGAGAUGCUUUUAUUGUCAGCGAUUUGGACAUUUUCAACCUCGGUGUAUACUCAAGAAACGUGA